AGGCGGCGCGGGGUGUCUCUCUCUCUGUCUCCCUCCCCGCCAAUGCUCGGCUGCCUUCGGAGAGGGCGCCAAACAAAGGCUGGUCGGGUCGCCUCGCCUCUCCCGGCCGGGCUUUCUCUGAAGGGAGGGGGACGCCGUUGCAGCGGCCAGACACCCCUGGCCAAGUGCCGGGGACGACGAGGAGGAGGCGGCGGCGGCGGCGGCUGAAAUUAGAGAUGCUGCCCGGUUGAAGCGGGGCGGAGGAGCGGGCCGGGCUUGCGCGCGCUUGAGGUACCUGUGGUGUUUGGUAGCCUAAGUCCUCGCUGCCGCCGCCGCCGCCGCCGCCGCGACCAUGGCCAUCGCGCACAUCGCCACCGAGUACGUCUUCUCGGACUUCUUGCUGAAGGAGCCGUCGGAGAGCCGGUACAAGGGGCUGCGGCUGGAGCUGGCCCUCGACAAGCUGGUCACCUGCAUCGCCGUCGGGCUGCCGCUGCUUCUCAUCUCGCUCGCCUUCGCGCAGGAGAUCUCCAUAGGUACCCAGAUGAGCUGUUUUUCUCCAAGUGCAUUUUCUUGGCGUCAGGCUGCUUACGUGGAUUCCUAUUGCUGGGCUGCAGUUCAACAGAAGCAGCUGUCUCAGAGUGCAUCAGGAGGCCACCUUCCCCUGUGGCUUCAUAAGUUUUUCCCGUACAUCCUUCUGCUCCUCGCCAUCUUGCUGUACCUGCCGUGGCUCUUUUGGCGCUUCACCGCAGCCCCCCACCUUUCUUCAGAUCUGAAAUUUAUCUUGGAAGAACUUGACAAGGCUUAUAACCGAGCCAUCAAAGCGGCCAACAGUUGCCGGAACUGCGAUGCCAGAGACGCAGCCAGCUCCCCGCCUGCCAUCGAAAAUAUUGCACAGAGUUUAUGGGAGAUCUCCGACAGCCACUUUAAGUACCCCAUUGUGGAACAAUAUCUGAAGACAAAGAAGGGCUCCAAGAACUUAAUCAUCAAAUACAUUAUUUGCCGUUUGCUAACCUUGAUCAUCAUCCUCUUUGCUUGCCUCUUCCUGGGUUAUUAUAUCAGCCUGUCCUCCCUGACUGAUGAGUUCAUUUGCAACGUCAAAACCGGGAUACUAAAAAACGAUACGAACAUCCCAGAGCGAUUUCAGUGCAAAAUGAUUGCCGUCGGGGUCUUCCAGCUGCUGAGUUAUAUCAAUUUCAUCGUGUACGUGCUGAUCACGCCGCUGGUGAUCUACGCCUUCUUCGUCCCCCUCAGGCAGAGCUCGGAUAUCCUCCAGGUCUACGAGCUUCUGCCGACGUUUGAUGUCCUCAAAGUCAAGGCGAAACACUACAACGACAUGAGCCUCUACCUGCUCUUUCUGGAGGAAAACGUGAGCGAGCUGAAAUCCUACAAGUGCCUCAAAGUUCUGGAGAGCCUCAAAGGCAGCGGGGAGAGGUUUGACGCCAUGCAGCUCCUGAGGAACCUGGGCUCCAUUAAAAUGGACGCCAUGGACGCCAAGCCAAACACCACCCACAAGGAGAAUAGGAAGAAAGCGGAAGUGGAAAUGUCCAAUGAUGCAGCAGAAUUGAAAGAUCUGUCGGAGCCAAAAUUGCCUGAUGAUACUGAAGGAACAAGUAAAGACGGCAAGAUUCGCCAGAGACUUCUAGAUUCUUCUUGCUGAUGGGUUCAGCCUGUGGUUGAUAGGUGCUGAAAGCCAUUUUGAGCAGCUGAGGCCUCAAGCCAUCUCUAUUACACCACAUGAUUGCCUUCCCACUGAGUUUACAAGGACCCGGGACAGAAAGGCGAAUAAUUGUUUGAAAAUAAUUGAGCUGUCUGUGUUUACAUGUCUACAGUUUACAUGAAUAUUAUGCCUAGAGAUACACUGACGAGGGGAACUACGUCAAUUCUCAUUAAGAAAGGCUGAAGUACUGAACUUGAGAGAAAAGAAGUAAAAUAAAAAUAUUUCAGAUUGGUUUCAUAGAUGUGUAGACAUCAGUUCCACAUUAUUCAGUAUCUUCAGCCAUAAUGAAGUAACAAAUGAACAAAAAUCAACACAACAGUUGGCAACGUAAUAGUGACACUACAAAUACUCAUCAUGUAAGUAAGUCAAGUAUUAUAUUCUUUAGUCUAUACCACUUUGGAUAAAACUAUGGAAGCAAACAAGUAGUUCUGUGGAUAAAGUGUUAAUUAUACCUUUCACUUGUGCCUGUCUUCCAUGAGAUUUUACAGUUCGGAGAUGGAGAAUUGGUGACUAUCUACAGAUAGAUGGACACCUAUUAUCCCUCUCAUUAAUCCUAUUGUUGCCACAGGCUGGACGUGGUGCUUUCAACAACCUUUGAGAUUCCAGUGCUUCUAUGCAACAAGGAAUACAGUAUAUUCUGUUAAUACCACCAGUUAUAGAACUACCUUAAAAGUUAGUAGCUUCAGGAUAGUGAAAUGGAAUACCAAAAAAAAAAAUUGGAAACACUUCCUUGAAUCUUAUCUGUCUGGUUUUUCUACUUCAUGGCUGUAUGUGUACUGCUAUAUACACAAAAACCAAAAUAUUAAGCAACUAGUACUGGUAGGAGAAUGUUUGAAACUUUUGAACCAAGACGUGUUGAGAGUGGCCUACACAAAUAGAAAAUUACAAGUUUUGGAUACCUCGCCACUCUAAAAAAGACUUUAAACUCUUCUACAAGGUAGGUUGAUUUUUACAAGUGAAUCUAGAAAAAAAGGUUCUUUCAAUUGCUUAUGGAGACCAACUUAUGCAUCAGCAAAAUAUUGAAUGAAAUGUAUCGAAGGUAGAAGUCUCCUUAACUCUUAAUAAAUUCACCAGUGCAGUUUUCUUCACAGGUUGGAAGUAGUUUACUAGUGUCCCUUCGGAUGUUUUUCCAAGUCCUAGAUCAAGUACACAGCUAUGCGAUUAUUAUUAUUUUUUGUGCAAACUUACAGGAGCAACGAACCAGCUGCAACUCUGCUUAGCAAUUUCAAGAUCAGUUCUGUAUUAUCAUAUCUUGUAGCCAUAUAGGAGAGAUGGUUCCAAAUUUAAGAUGGUCCCUUACACUCUUCUAUAAUAAAAGGAAGGCUCUGUUACUACAUUUUCAUCUAUUCCAAGAUGAUUUAAUGUUUUAA